UGUACUGCAGUGAGGUGUGGUGUGUGAGUGCCUAAUGGAGUAUUUAUUCUUCGAACCAGUUUUCAUGUUAUUGUCAUGACUGUUAGUGAAAUAAAUUGACUGCCUUUUUAUGAAGAAAUACGGCUUUAAUAUCGGACAGAAUAUUUACACAGUAGUGUGUAACAUAUUUGUUUCUAGGAGAAAUGUCCAUGAGCAUGAUCUGCUGGUGUUGCCUAUCACAGGAAGCAAGGGAAAAGAAAAAAAUCAGUGACGAGAUUGAUAAAAUUCUAAUGGAAGAAGAGAAACAUUUGAGAAAAGAAUUUAAGCUUCUCCUCUUAGGGGCGGGAGAAUCCGGAAAAUCAACGUUUAUCAAGCAGAUGAGGAUAAUUCAUGGUUCAGGUUUUUCAGAGGAUGAAAGGAGAAACUUCGUUCAAGUGAUCAACCAUAAUGUAUGUGUAGCCAUGCAAACCAUGAUCAAAGCAAUGGAAAAGCUGCAGAUCCAGUAUCAUGAUAUUUCCAAUAUUGAGAGAGCAAGAUUAUUUCUUGAAGAAGAAUUUAGCUAUCUCACAAGACCCAGCAGGGAGCACAUAGAGGUUUGCAAGAUCCUGUGGGCUGAUCCAGGUAUCAGAGAGUGCUUCAAACGAAAGCAAGAGUUCUACAUAACAGAAUCAGCUACAUACUAUCUUCCGAAGAUAGAUCUUGUGACUACCUCUGACUACCUUCCCACCAAGCAGGACAUAUUACAUGCAAGAGUUCCUACUUCUGGUAUUAAUGAAUACAGUUUUAAUGUGGAGAGAGUCUCUUUUAGAAUUGUCGAUGUAGGUGGCCAGAGAAGAGAACGAAGAAAAUGGAUCCACUGCUUUGAAAAUGUAACGUCCAUAAUAUUCAUUGCAGCCCUGAGCGAAUAUGACCAAUGUUUGUUUGAAGAAGACGGUAUGAAUCGUCUGGAGGAGAGCAUGACAUUGUUUCAAGUGACCAUCAUGUCCCAGUGGUUUCAGCGAUCAUCAGUCAUAUUAUUCCUAAACAAGAAAGAUUUACUUGAAGAGAAGAUAAUGUAUUCUGAUCUUGCUGUUAAUUUUCCAGAUUAUGAUGGUCCCCCACAGGAUGCUGUAGCAGCCCAGAAAUUCAUUCUAGAUAUGUUUCAUUCUCUGAAUCCAAAUAAAAAGAAGGUUAUAUAUGCUCACUACACAUGUGCUACAGACACAGAGAAUAUGAGGUUUGUGUUCCUGGCAGUGAGAGACAUGAUAUUGCAGAUCAACCUAGAGGACUUCAACCUGGCAUAGGAAACUUCUUUGUUAUAAACUAAUUUAAGUUCACUAAAUGUGGCUGAGACCAUUCCUUGGGCAUCCGAAGUCUGUGUUCCAGAUUUUUGACUGAGAUGUCUCAAGCGUACAUGGGAAUUGCAUGACAAGUUCCUGUAAGUUGGAUUUGAGGUUCAUGUGGCAGUGACUUCGGGGGUGUAAUGCCAGGUAGUUAGGAGACACCCAGAUGUUGCUCCAAAAUACUAAGCUCUCAUCAAACUAUAUUGCAUUACAAACAAAGACGUCAUUCUCUUUGUGUUCCCAUAAGACAUUUAUGCUCGGGUCAUGGAAAGAAUGCACAAGAGCAGACGGAGUUGAGGUCUGCCAUCUGCUUCUAUGUACACUUCUCAUCUGGCAACACCAACAACACUGAGAAAUGAGCAAGCUAGUUUGAGCAGUAUUACUGCUUUAUUAUAUCCAGAAGGUGUCUGGUUCAGAUCUGUUUUAGGACACUGAUUAUCCUAACUCAGAUUUUUUUUUCUGGGGGUGGGGUUGUUACUCAGUCCCUAACUCCUCAGUGUAGCUAUACAUCCAUUCCGCCAUAUGCCUUCGUGGCAUAGGGCUUAAUUAGUUAAACACAAGGACAACUUUACCUUACCUUCAGUCCAUCUAAGCAGAUAAGAGGAUAGGACCUCAAAUCAGGCUAAGAUCAUUUCUUUCCACAUCCUGUCUUUUAGUGAUCACUGUCCUUUUACGUGACAUAAUCUGAGCUAUUGACAGUACUGUUAAGUAAGCCAUAAAUAAAUGGACCUAUUAUGCGAAGGCAGAGAUGAAAAAACAAGUCAAAACUGGCCGGAGUGGGGAAGGCAUGUGGAAGGGAGGUAGCUAACUGCUGAUCAGAUGGGUGAGGGAAAAAUCUGUGUUUAUUCUUUUGCUGACCCAAGUAUAUUUUGUUCUUUUUUUUAAAUUGAGG